AUGAAAGACUUAGGUGAGCUGAAGUUCUUUCUAGGCAUUGAAUGUGCUAGAUCCAAUCAAGGAAUUCACAUAUCUCAGAGAAAAUAUCCAUUGGAACUGAUUGCUGAAUGUGGGCUAGGAGGAGCUAAACCUGCAAUUACACCAUUAGAACAAAACAAGAAGCUGAUAUCAGUGAAAUAUGAUGAACACUUAUCACAUGAAGGCAGAGUUGAUGACCAACAACUGCAACACCCUAAAAGGUACCAAAGACUUAUAGGGAGACUCUUGUAUCUCACUAUGACUAGACCUGACAUAGCUUUCCUAGUCCAGGUGUUGAGUCAAUAUAUGCACAAUCCUAAGGAGUCACAUAUGGAAUCUGCACUGAGAGUUGUCAGAUACCUCAAGGAAGCUCCAGGUCUUGGGCUAUUAAUGCCAUCUCAAAGUUCAAAUACUUUGACUGCCUACUGUGAUUCUGACUGGAGUGCUUAUCUGGAAACAAGAAGAUCUGUCAUUGGAUACCUAGUAAAGUUUGGUGGAUCACUAAUUUCCUGGAAAUCAAAGAAACAAGAGACAAUAUCAAGAAGCUCCGCAGAGAAUGAGUUUAGAAGUAUGGCCAACUGUGCAGCUGAGGUCACCUGGCUAGUAAAUCUGUUUAAAGAGCUAGGAGUUCAGAUUGAACUGCCUGUUAACAUGGGCCCUUCACUGAAGAGCCCUCGGGUGCUUGGUAAAGAAUAA